AUCAAAAUCACUAUUUACCUCUGAUUACCCUGAUGCAAUAGUAAUUACGUAUCUGCUAUCAUCGCACCAACUAUACCGUCCUCCCGCCUGACUUCUAUAUCUUUGGCAGAACCAGAACCCGCGAUACCGACACUUGCCUCAGAUGAGGGCCGCAAUCCAACCCGAUAUAGUCGCAGCACAGUCGGUCACCAAUCCUUCCCCAUGUUCUCCGCUGGCGUCGCCGACCCCUGUAGCCCGCACCACUCGUACACGACCUACGAACUCGCAGAACAACUCUUCCACGUCCGAGACUGUCCGACGAGGGCAGAAGACCUUCACAACGUCGAUGCACUUCCCCAAGUCACAUCCACCUGGGUUGGCGGGUUCGACAGGGCUUCCUCUAUCCGAGAAGGUCCAGGGGCGAAACCAGCGCACCUCCAAGAUUCAGGCUCUCAACAAGAUCGACAGGUCAGCGACCACGUCGGAUCUACCGGACAUCGGGCUCAGCGGGACGUCUUUCAUGCCUUCCGAAACACAGAACGACGCCACGCCACCGGUCACGCCCUCUCAUCUGAGAAAUCCGCUGUUUCGCUCGAAAUCAGCCAAUCCCCUAUUCUCUACCGACGAUGUGCGCACAAAGGCUCCACGGCAGCCGGGAUCUCGCUCCGAGUCACGUCUCUUUGGGCUAGAAGAGUGUCCAACUUUCUACCCCACCCACGAAGAGUUCAAAGAUACAACCGCUUAUAUCGAUUCAAUCGCGGAAGAGGGUAAAAGAUACGGUAUCUGUAAAAUCAUUCCACCGGAAGGCUGGCGAAUGCCGUUUCGUCUAGAGACUGAUACCUUCAAGUUCAAGUCGCGCCUACAGAGGCUCAAUCAACUAGAAGCUGUAUCUCGGGCCAAAAUAAAUUUUUUGGAACAGCUGUCCAUGUUUCACAUGCAGCAAGGCGAUGCCAAAGUGCACAUCCCUCUCAUUGACCGCCAACCCUUAGAUUUAUGGAAACUGAGGCGAGAAGUCAAUAAGUCAGGCGGGCAUCUGGAACUCGAUAGGGCCAAGGGCUGGUCGGCUCUUGCGGAUACCCUGGGUUUGAAUCCUUCAUGGACACCUCAUAUCCGAGCCGCAUACAUGAGCAUUGUACUGCCCUUCGAUAAUUGGGCUGUGCGAGCCAAGACUUCGCUUUCGCCACUUGUCAAGCGCCACAUAGGCGUCGAUGUGUCUCCAUCCAAGCCACCCAACUUCGGAGCAGACCGAACGCCCUCUUCUUCACCGACGGGGUCCCCCAUCAAAUCACGUCCCAACGAUCAUUCAGGUCCCAUCGCUCCUUGCCUACCUUUGAAACCAGUCGACCAUGCUUUUGUGGACGCGGCGCUUCCACCGCCCAUGCCUUCACCCACUAAGAAAAGCAAGAUGAAUUUUGGGACGGCUUCCAUGAGCAGCAGAGUUCCAAAGCCGACUAAUUCAGGACCUGCUCCGUUUGCUUCGCAAUUCAAUGUGCCAGGGUUCUCGAAGGAGGAUGGGAGUGAGAGCGAACUCAGUGAUGAAGACGCUGCAAUGUCCUCUCCCAGAAUUGACAAUAAAACCUUUCAAGAAGCGUAUCAAAGGGGCGAGGUUUGCGAGAUAUGUCAAAGUGGGCACGCCGCUGAGGAGAUCCUUCUUUGCGACGGAUGCGACAGAGGCUUCCAUAUCUAUUGCCUCGACCCGCCUUUGGCAGCUGUACCGACCAACGAAGAAUGGUUCUGCAAUGCUUGCCUGCUUUCGCAAGGCGAAGAUUUUGGUUUUGAAGAAGGGGACGAGCAUUCCAUCGCCAGCUUCCAGGCUCGCGAUCAAUCAUUCGCCCAUUACUGGUGGAAUCGCCGCAAAGGUCACCAAAUUCAUCCCACCACAACCGAAGAGGACACCCAUGACGAGACAGUGAAGCCCAGGCGAUUCGGGAAGGUUUUGGUAUCCGAGGAUGACGUUGAGCGAGAGUUUUGGAGGUUAAUUGAAAGCUCUUUGGAUACGGUCGACGUAGAAUAUGGAGCUGAUAUUCACUCGUCUACCCACGGAAGCGCUGGGCCGACACUUGAAACUUUCCCGCAAGAUCCCUAUGCCAAAGAUCCCUGGAACCUCAAUAACAUGCCUAUCUUGAAAGAUUCUCUCCUGCGGUACAUCAAAUCCGACAUAUCGGGUAUGACAGUCCCUUGGAUUUAUAUAGGCAUGAUGUUUUCUGCGUUCUGCUGGCACAACGAGGACCAUUACACAUACAGUGUGAAUUAUAUGUACUGGGGUGAAACGAAGACCUGGUACGGCGUUCCUGGAGGGGAUGCUGACAAGUUUGAGGAUGCAAUGAAAGCCGAGGCGCCUGAUUUGUUCGAACAGCAGCCGGGGCUUCUGUUUCAACUCAUCACCAUGAUGAACCCCGGCAGAUUAGAUCAAGCGGGCGUCAAGGUUGUCGCAUGCGAUCAAAGGCCAAACGAAUUUAUCGUGACAUUUCCGAAAGCGUAUCACUGCGGGUUCAAUCAUGGUGUCAACAUGAACGAGGCUGUCAACUUCGCUCUUCCAGAUUGGCUAGCAGCUGGCAAAGAGAGCGUGAGGCGCUACAGGGAACACAGUAAAGCUCCAGUGUUCUCUCACAACGAGCUCUUGAUCACAAUCACCCUAUACUCAGAUACUAUCAAGACGGCUACCUGGUUGAAAGACGCUCUCAAGGAGAUGGUCAAAGAAGAAUUCUUACGUCGCCAAAAACUUCGUUUGCAAAUCUCGGGACUUCCGGAGGUCCUUGUCGAAGAGGAUGGUCCAGAAGAGCAAUAUCAGUGUGCUGUCUGCAAAUGUUUCUGUUACCUCGCUCAGAUGACUUGCCCUUGUACCGAGUCUGUGUCUUGUCUCGUUCAUGCCGACCAGCUUUGCAGCUGCCCCACCGGUCGCAAAGUUCUUCGCAUGAGAUACACAGACGCGCAGCUAGAGGAAAUCAGAGAUGUGGUUGUGGGGAGAGCUGCCCUACCUCAACAGUGGCAUGCCAAAUUCAUGGGAUUGAUGUCCAACCCCCGACCGCAGCUGAAAGCUUUGCGAGGGCUGGUCGCCGAUGGAGAGAAAAUCAAUCAUGAUCUGCCUCUUCUCCCCGCCCUGAGGGGAUUUGUCGAGGCGGCUGGUGGAAUCAUGGAUCAGAUAGCAACCAUCACAGGGCGUAAGAAUACCGUGCGAAGGCGAAGGGACAAACGACCACGAGACGAUGUCGAGAACCCGGAGGAGGAUAUGGUCAACAGAGAUCCGAAGCUUCUGGCUGAGCUGUUGGAGCAAGUCAAUUCUCUUGCCUUCGAUGCUCCAGAAUUACCCAAGCUUCGCCAACUGAUGCUCACUAUACAGAGCUUCCGCGAGAAUGCUGCGGCUGUGUUAUCCGAUCCCAAUAUUUGGGCAGACCGCCAAGUGGCUAGGAACACCCUCAUACUCGGGCAGUCGCUGGGACUUGACUUCCCGGAGCUUCCCGCUCUGGAAAGAAUUGUCAGGAAAGGCGAUUGGUUCGACAGUCUGGAGGGUGACGCCGACGAUGGAAGGCAUGAGUACAAGGACGUCGUGGCCUUGAUUGAGCAAUCUGUCGAGUGUGCUAUACCUCCAGACCAUCCAUUGGUUGUCCAGUUGAAAAACAGGAAGCUCGACGGCAAACUUUGGUUGGAUUCAGCAGCUGAACUCCUCACGUCUCCGCAGAUCAAUAUCAAGGAUCUGACUGAACUGAUUGACAAAAGGCAACAUGUGCCAAUCUCAAUCGAUGUUGUGCGUAGUUUGGAAAGUCUGCGCAAAUCUGUCAUCAGCUGGCAAACGUCGGCUAGGAACGCCUUGGCUGGCGAAAUCUCACUUUCUGCUGCUAGCAGACUUUGCAAGAACGCCGCGAGCGCCCAGGCGCCUUUGAAACAGGUUUAUAUACCUGAAUUGACUCAGCUUCAAUCUGAGCUGAGUCACCAUGCCAAGUGGACUCAGGAAGCAAGCAAGGUACUCGGCGUACCUGUUGGGAGGGUUGCUUCCACUAUUGAAUACAUCAGGUCUGAGAUUCACAACAAUCUCGCUCCGGACGACGAUUGGGCCCGAACUUCGGGCAAAGUGUGCUUCUGUCGCUCUUCACCGGGCCCCGUCAUGGUCCAGUGCCAGAUUUGUUGCCACGACUAUCAUCCGCAAUGUGUCGAUGCCUUGGCUCGCAAUGUCUCGGAUGGCUUCAAAUGCGCCAUGUGCCAGCGACUGCCGAACGAUGAUGGACCGUCUUUGAAUGCCUUUAUUGAGCUUGUCUCCCCACAGCGCUGGAAUUUCGUCUUGCUCCCGAGUGAAUUUGAGACGGCUCAACAGAUAUGUGCAGCUGCUUUGCGCUACAUCCCGGAGUUGAUCGAAAUCGUGAAUCCCCUCGAAUCUGCCCAUCCAACUAUGGAUAUUGACAGGCUCCGCCACGCUAUACGAAAGAUUUAUACGGCGCCUUUGGUCUUUGAUGCCUUCCUGGCUGACACGAACGAACGGUGUGUAUUCGUCAAUUGGCUCUUCAGGAGAAUGCAAGACGCUGUUCGGGGCAAGGUUGUUCAUGACGCUGGGGCCGCAGAUAUCUCUGACAUGGCUGUAUCUGCUGUAGCUCGCGCCAGGCCCCGACGAAAGCCCCGUCUCGUUCUUGCUGAAUCGCGACCUCACGAAUUAUCUUGUGUCUGCGGCAAAUCGAAUUUAGAAGGAGAUAAACGCACCAUAGCCUGCUCCAAGUGUGGGCAGGGAUAUCAUCGCCGAUGCGUAUGGGCUGGUGAUGAUCUGCAAGACUCUCUUUGGCGUUGCCCGUGUUGCUCGGUGAAGGAGGCAAAGCACUAUCAAAAAGGUGUCGAUCUUCGAGUGCAAUUGACCUGUAUGUUGUCAUUCUAAGUUUUCGACCCGAUGCGCUGACACGCAAAGUAGCUGAUCUUGGGACUCCUCGCUUUGUGGACUAUAGGUCUACCAUCAGUACCUUUGCCGAAGCGCCAGUGAUCAUUGUCCUUGACCAAGUGGGCUGUGAAGUCAUCACUCUCGAGUGCAUUGAAUUCAUCCCCCCGGUGUUACCCGGAAGUUCACAGAAUGUGCCCACCGGACCCGUUAUGUCCCAAGGCGUGAAGAGGACUCGCGACGAAAUAUACGCGAAAAGCCUAGACACCACUCAUGACCAGCCUCGAAAAGUUGUGCGACCCGCUGUCGACGACGCGGCUGAUACCGUCCUUAGGACCAGUAACGGGGCGGACGAACGCGGACGCAAUCGUAUUGCCACAUGCUGUGGAGAUACCAAUGACCAUCGACAACCAAAGUGCAAUGUUAAGCGCACUAUCUACAGUGACCCGCCACGCAACGACGAACAGUCACCAUUUGCAAUGAUAGGCACUACCAGUCUUAGCAUAUAAUUAGUCGGAUACUUCUCCUGGAGGAAGCAGAUGGAGCGCAGCGUAUGAGGAUUUCGAGGAGUUUAGAACAGAGGCGGCAAAUA